AUGUUAGCUAUCCAGGCAGGUUCACGUGCUAUCAGACUACGUAACGGUACAACGCAAUUACAGGGGCGUGUUGAAGUACUUCACAACGGAACAUGGGGUACCGUCUGUGGGAAUGGUAUAGACACAAACUUUGCCAAAGUCGUGUGUCGACAGCUCGAUUAUGCAACUGACAAUGUGACGUUACGUUCACAUGCCUAUUUCGGUGCAGGUAGUGGCGAGAUUUGGUUGGACGAUGUUACUUGUCAAGGAAACGAGACUGUGAUCCACUUGUGUAUGUUCAACCAAUGGGGUCAGCACAGCUGCGGACAUACAGAAGAUGUCGGAGUUAUAUGUAGUGCAAGUUCUAUAAGACUACAUAACGGUGCAACGCAAUUGGAGGGUCGUGUUGAAGUAUUCCACAAUGGAACAUGGGGUACGAUCUGUGGCUAUGCAAUAAACAUUAACUUUGCCAAAGUCGUGUGUCGACAGCUCGGAUAUGAUACUGAUAAUGUGGCGGUACUUUUGAAUGCCUAUUUCGGUGCAGGUAGUGGUCAGAUUUGGCUGGAGCAGGUUACUUGUCAAGGAAACGAGACUGUGAUCAAUUUGUGUAUGUUCAGACCAUGGGGACAGCAUUACUGUGGACAUUAUCAAGAUGUCGGAGUUAUUUGUAGUAAAUAUCACCUUUCACCUCUCCGUUCCGGUAGAAUUCAAUAG